UAUCCAAUCAUACAAGAAAAAGAAAUAGCCUUUGUUGACAUCUUCUUCUCUCUGUUUUAAAGAGUUUCAUCCUUAUCCAUUCCAUCAUUUUCUCUCUCUCUCUCUGUUACCUUUCAGUUGAUUAGAUCUUCUUAAAUUCUUACCUUCGAUUUUAGAUUUGGGAUCCUCCUGGUUGUGUAAAUUCUCAGGAGUAAAGAUGAACAAAGGCAGCAGCUUCAAGCGUGACAACGAUUACGAAAAGAGGAAAGCUGAAGCUGGAAGGAUCAGGGAGAAGUACCCUGAUAGAAUCCCGGUGAUUGUGGAAAAGGCUGAGAAAAGUGAUAUCCCAAACAUUGACAAGAAAAAAUACCUUGUGCCAUCAGAUUUAACAGUUGGACAAUUCGUGUAUGUGAUUCGGAAGAGGAUCAAACUGAGUGCAGAAAAAGCUAUCUUUAUAUUCGUAGACAAUGUUCUUCCUCCUACAGGAGAGAUCAUGUCAAGCGUCUAUGAGGAGAAGAAAGACCAAGAUGGUUUCCUUUACAUCACUUACAGUGGCGAGAACACGUUUGGUGCUUCUUCAAUCUGAAUCCCCUAACCUGAGAAACGCAUUUAUUCUGAUGUUUCCCACAAUCUUUCGACUUUGUGUAUAUAAUAAGUAACAUUCUCUCAGCAUAAUCUUCUCAAGAUUUGUGAUUUUCUUCUUCUUCACUUUGUGUUUAAUAAUGUAAACUAAGACUAAUAUGAAAUAUUCUCUACAUUAGCAUUGUUA